AUGGCUCUCCACGCAGAGGGCAGCCGGGGCUUCUACUUCAACACCGUCCUGUCGCUGGCUCGCUCGCUGGCGGCGCACCGGCAGGCGCCCAUCGAAAAGGUGCAGAAGUUGCAAUGCAUGUGUCCUGUGGACAUGCGAGGAGUCUUCCAGCUGGACGAGCGAAGGCGGGAUGCGGUGCUGGCCUUGGGGAUCUUCUUGGUGGAGUCCAACUUGCAGCACAAAGACUCCAUCGUGCCCUACCUUCUCGGUCUGCUCAAAGGACUUCCAAGAGUGCAGUGGAUCGAAGAGAGCUCGGAACGCAAAGGACGAGGGACACUUCCAGUAGCGGAGAACUUCAGCUUCUGUUUUGUGACGCUGCUCUCUGAUGUCGCCCAGCGUGAUGAAAGCUUGCGUGGUCUGAUCCUUGAGACCAUCAUGGACGUCAUGCGAGCCCUACAAGAGCUGUGCACAAACCCCCAAUCCCAAGAUAAAGGUCCCAACUAUGUGGAUUACACAUGCCGCUACACAGUCCCCACCCUGCUUGGCGUGGCGCGUGCUUUCGGUCGCUACAGCAACACCGACGAGCCGUUGCUCUCAAAACUGUUCCCGCGGCCGGCGGCGCCACCCCUGACAGCGGCAGACGACAGCGAUGCCGCGCGAAGACGCUCCUUUAAUGACUUCCGCUCCAUCCUGCCCAGCUCCUUCCUCACCGUGUGCCCUGGGGACACCUUGAGGCGCAAGGGUUCGUCUGUGUCUUCUGUCUCGCAGCAGUGUACGACUAGAACAGGGCUGACCCCGUGCUCCCCAGCUGACCCUUCAACACCAUACUUUGAAGGCUCGUACCUUCCCGACGGCAGCUCGGUGGACCCCAAUUACUACUUCUCCACCAUCAGCUCCAGCUUCUCCGUCUCUCCUCUCUUCACCGGCAGCAGCUGUGGAGAAUUCCACAUCCCUCUGGACACUCUCAAACAGCUUCUACACAUGGUUGAAGAAAUGGUUUCAGAGUCAUUUUUAAAGUCGCUGGAUGAAACUUUGGCAGAGCUGUCAGAGUUGAAUCCUGGCCUACAUGUGCACUACAAAAGCUUCAGUGAUCCACUAUAUGUCGCCAUAUUCAAAAUGCUCAGAGACACUCUCUACAACUUAAAAGACCUCCAGACGGACUUUGUAAAAGAGGUUCACGACUUUGUGCUGGAGCAAUUCAGCAGCAGCCAGUCAGAGCUGCAGAGGAUCCUGCACGAUGUGGAGUACCUGCAGAGUGAGCUGAGCCCACUCAAGCUGCGCUGCCAGGCUAACGCCGCCUGCGUGGACCUCAUGGUUUGGGCCGUCACUGAGGAACAGGGAGCUGAGAAUCUUUGUAGCAAGCUGUCAGAAAAGCUGCAAUCCAAGACAUCCAGUAAAGUCAUAAUUGCCCACAUGCCUCUCCUUAUCUGCUGCCUGCAGGGCUUGGGACGCCUGUGUGAGCGUUUCCCAGUGGUGGCCCACUCCGUUACCACGUCGCUGCGGGACUUCCUGGUGGUGCCCUCUCCGGUCCUGGUCAAGCUGUACAAGUACCAUAGCCAGUGCACUCCUGGAGGUGGUGAAAUUAAGAUCCACGUGACCAAUGAACACUCCCAGUCCACCCUUAGCACCAACCCAGGAAGCAAAAAGAGUCAGCCCUCCAUGUACGAACAGCUGAGAGACAUUUCCAUUGAUAAUAUCUGCAGGUGUCUGAAGGCGGGCCUGACCAUGGACAAUGUCAUUGUGGAAGCCUUCCUGGCUAGUUUGUCCAAUCGUCUUUAUAUAUCCCAGGAAAAUGACAAGGAUGCUCACUUAAUCCCAGACCACACCAUCCGGGCUCUGGGCCACAUCGCUGUGGCCCUGCGGGAUACUCCUCGUGUGAUGGAACCCAUCCUGCAGAUCCUGCAGCAGAAAUUCUGCCAACCGCCGUCACAGCUCGAUGUACUCAUCAUUGACCAGCUGGGCUGCAUGGUCAUCACGGGCAAUCAAUACAUAUACCAGGAAGUAUGGAAUUUGUUCCAGCAGAUUAGUGUGAAGGCAAGCUCUAUGAUCUACUCCACCAAGGAUUACAAGGACCAUGGGUACAGACACUGCUCUCUGGCCGUCAUCAAUGCUCUGGGCAACAUUGCGGCCAACCUUCAGGCAGAGCAGAUGGUGGACGAGUUGCUGGUCAACCUGCUGGAGCUCUUUGUCCAGCUGGGCCUGGAGGGCAAGAGGGCCAGUGAACGGGCAGCGGACAAAGGCCCGGCUCUUAAGGCAUCGAGUAGUGCUGGCAACUUGGGCGUUCUUAUCCCUGUCAUCGCAGUGCUAACUAAAAGGUUACCACCGAUCAAGGAGGCCAAACCACGCCUGCAAAAGCUCUUCAGGGACUUCUGGCUCUACUCUGUGGUCAUGGGUUUUGCUGUAGAAGGCUCAGGUCUGUGGCCUGAAGAGUGGUACGAGGGGGUAUGCGAAAUCGCUACCAAAUCCCCAUUGUUGACGUUCCCAAGCGGCGAGCCUCUCCGCUCCGAGCUGCAGUACAACUCUGCUCUUAAGAAUGACACGGUCACGCCGGCGGAGCUAAAUGAGCUGCGUAGCACCAUCAUCAACCUUCUGGACCCGCCUCCAGAGGGUGCCGCGCUCAUCAACAAGCUGGACUUCGCUAUGUCCACAUAUCUGCUGUCUGUUUACAGGCUGGAAUACAUGAGGAUGCUGAAUUCGUCGGACUCAGAACGCUUUCAGGUUAUGUUCCGCUAUUUUGAAGACCGAGCCAUCCAGAAGGACAAAUCUGGCAUGAUGCAGUGCGUAGUCGCUGUCAGCGACAAAGUCUUUGAAGUCUUCCUGCAAAUGAUGGUUGAGAAAGCAAAAACCAAAGCUCACGAAGAGGAGCUGGAGCGUCACGCGCAGUUCCUGCUGGUCAACUUCAAUCACAUCCACAAGAGGAUCCGCAGAGUGGCUGAUAAAUAUUUGUCCGGGCUGGCCGAAACCUUCCCCCACUUGCUGUGGAGCGGCCGUGUGCUGAAGACCAUGCUGGACAUCCUGCAAACACUCUCACUCUCGCUCAGCGCUGACAUCCACAAGGACCAACCUUACUACGACAUUCCAGACACUCCAUACAGGAUCACAGUCCCUGAUACACACGAAGCCCGAGAGAGCAUAGUAAAGGAUUUUGCCGCUCGCUGUGGAGAAAUCCUGAAAGAGGCCAUGAAAUGGGCUCCAUCUGUUACCAAAUCCCACCUGCAGGAAUACCUGAACAAACAUCAGAACUGGGUUUCUGGUCUGUCGCAGCACACUGGCCUGGCCAUGGCUACGGAGAGCAUCUUGCACUUUGCUGGCUUCAACCGGCAGAGCACCACACUUGGGUCCACUCAGUUGAACGAGAGGCCAGCCUGCGUGAAGAAGGACUACUCCAACUUCAUGGCCUCCCUUAACCUGAGGAACAGAUAUGCCGGAGAGGUGUCGGGCAUGAUCCACUUCGCCCAGGCGGCGCGGGGCCAACAAGACCUGGGCCGCUUGAUGGUGAAGCAGAUGGGAGAGGCUCUGGACUCGGCCCAGCCUGAAGGCUUUACCGAGGCCAUGUUCAAACUGGCUGCCUUGCUCAUCAGCAGCAACGAGUGCGACCCACAGCUGCUGCAUCACCUCUGCUGGUCUCCUCUCAAGAUGUUCACUGAGCAUGGCAUGGAGACAGCCAUUGCUUGCUGGGAAUGGCUGCUGGCAGCACGUGUUGGCGUGGAAGUACCGUUUAUGCGUGAGAUGGCAGGCGCGUGGCAGAUGACAGUGGAGUUAAAGAUGGGCUUAUUCUCCGACACCCAGCGGGAAGCCGACCCACUGGCGGCGUCCGAGGAGAGCCAGCCCGUCCCCUGCCCACCGGAUGUCACCCCACACCACAUUUGGAUCGAGUUUUUGGUGCAGAGGUUCGAGAUAGCCAAGUACUCCAGUGCCGACCAGGUGGAGAUCUUCUGUAGUUUGCUCCAGCGGUCGCUCUCUCUCAAUGUGGGCGGGGCCAAGAGUUAUCUCAACCGACACGUCGCUGCGAUCGGUCCUCGCUUCAGGCUCCUGACACUGGGCCUUGCUGUUCUCCACUCCGAUGUCAUUAUCAAUGCCACUGUCAGAAAUGUGCUGAGAGAGAAGAUCUAUUCUACAGCCUUUGAUUAUUUCAGCGUCUCUCCAAAGUUUCCCACCCAGGGGGACAAGCGGCUGCGCGAAGACAUCAGCAUCAUGAUCCGCUUUUACGCCAGCAUCCUAUCAGACAAGAAGUACCUGGCAGCGUGCUACCUGGUGCCCCCUGACAACCAAGACCCGUCUCUGAACAGUUUGUCAGUGAUGAACGCCGCCGACAUGCGCAGUAAUGUCGACUCCAGUUCUCGCUCACAGCAGAGCGGCCAGGGAUGGAUCAACACGUACCCCCUUUCCAGUGGCAUGUCCACCGCAUCCAAGAAAUCUGGAGCGUCCAAGAAGAGCAACCGAGGGACGCAGCUUCACAAAUACUACAUGAAACGCAGGACCCUCUUGUUGGCUCUGCUGGCGAGCGAGAUCGAGCGCCUGAGCACGUGGUACAACCCGCUGUGCACUCAGGAGCUGGCCAUCGCCACCGAGCAGUCGGUGGAAACCAGCAUUGCCAACUGGAGGUCCAAAUACAUCAGCUUGACUGAAAAGCAGUGGAAGGACAACGUCAACUUAGCCUGGAACAUCGCACCUUACCUUGCCAUGCAGCUGCCCAGCAGAUUCAAGAACGAUGCCAUCACGGCCGAGGUGACCCGGCUGGUGCGUUUGGACCCCGGCGCCGUGAGUGAUGUCCCGGAAGCUGUCAAGUUCUUGGUGACAUGGCACACGAUUGACGCCGACUCUCCGGAGCUGAGCCACAUUCUUUGCUGGGCCCCCGCCGAUCCACCUACAGGACUAUCCUACUUCAGCAGCAUGUAUCCACCGCACCCGCUCACCGCCCAGUAUGGCGUCAAAGUGCUGCGCUCCUUCCCUCCGGACGCCAUCUUGUUCUACAUCCCGCAAAUUGUACAAGCGCUGCGCUACGAUAAGAUGGGUUACGUGAGGGAGUACAUCCUGUGGGCCGCGCAGAAGUCUCAGCUGCUGGCCCACCAGUUCAUCUGGAACAUGAAGACCAACAUCUUCAUGGAUGAGGAGGCGCACCAGAAAGACCCUGACAUCGGGGAGCUGCUAGAGCAAAUGGUGGAGGAGAUCACGGGAUCGCUAUCGGGUCCGGCCAAAGACUUCUACCAGCGAGAAUUUGACUUCUUCAACAAGAUCACCAACGUAUCAGCUAUCAUCAAGCCAAUACCCAAAGGGGAGGAGAGAAAACGAUGCUGCCUGAAGGCUUUAUCAGAUAUCAAAGUUCAGCCAGGCUGUUACUUGCCCAGCAACCCCGAGGCCAUUGUUUUGGAUAUCGACUACAAGUCUGGAACCCCGAUGCAGAGCGCCGCCAAAGCUCCUUACCUGGCCAAGUUCAAGGUAAAGCGCUGCGGCGUGAGUGAGCUGGAGCGCGAGGGCCUUCGCCACCCUUCUGACUCGCCGGACGAUGAUGAGAACAACGCGGAUGGAGCGCGGCGGGUCUGCUGGCAGGCGGCCAUCUUCAAAGUGGGUGACGACUGUCGUCAGGACAUGUUAGCUUUGCAGAUCAUUGGACUAUUCAAGAACAUAUUUCAGCUCGUGGGACUGGACCUGUUCGUCUUUCCUUACCGGGUGGUGGCCACAGCUCCUGGGUGCGGCGUAAUCGAGUGCAUCCCGGACUGCAAGUCCCGCGACCAGCUGGGCAGGCAGACUGAUUUUGGCAUGUACGACUACUUCCGUAACCAGUACGGUGAUGAAUCCACGCUGGCCUUCCAAAAGGCUCGCUACAACUUUAUUCGCAGCAUGGCGGCAUAUAGCCUACUGCUCUUCCUGUUGCAAAUUAAAGACAGACACAAUGGCAACAUCAUGCUGGACAGCAAAGGACAUCUCAUCCACAUCGACUUCGGCUUCAUGUUCGAGAGUUCCCCAGGGGGCAACUUGGGCUGGGAGCCCGACAUCAAGCUGACGGACGAGAUGGUGAUGAUCAUGGGGGGUAAGAUGGAGGCCACACCCUUUAAAUGGUUCACAGAGAUGUGCGUGCGAGGCUACCUGGCCAUACGUCCCUACAUGGAUGCUGUGGUGUCUCUUGUUACGCUCAUGCUGGACACGGGACUGCCAUGCUUUCGGGGACAAACCGUCAAACUCCUCAAAGGCAGGUUUAAUCCUCAGAUGAGCGAGAAAGAAGCAGCGGCGUUCAUCAUCAAGGUCAUCCAAAGCUGCUUCCUCAGUAGCAGGAGCAAGACAUACGACAUGCUGCAAUACUACCAGAACCAAAUUCCCUACUGA